GCACGCGCUGUCAUCUUAAUCAUUUACUUACCCUCUCCUCUCCUCUCCAAUUUCUUUUCCUUUCUUUCGUUGCGAUCCCAUUUCUCUCUUUCUUUUUUAUGUUUGGUUAGGGAAUUUAUUGAUUGAAUGAAUGGCAGCUGCUACUUCUGGAAACUCAAUUCCUGCUCCCGACGCAAUUCAGGUUCUUGUAUCAGCUCUUGCUGAUGAUUCUCCGAUGGUUAGACGUGCCUCCAUGUCUUCUCUUAAAAUCCUUGCUCCUCUGAAUCCACUUCUAGUUCUUGAUUGUUGCUUAACCGUGUCUCGUGGUGGCCGUAGGAGGUUUGGGAAUAUUGCUGGUGUAUUUCAAGUAAUGUCAAUUGCGAUUGAUGCUUUGGAAGAAGGGGAAGUGGAUGCCUCUAAUAUGACAAAACUUGCCAAACUUGCCACUGCCGAGAUCAUUUCGUCCAAGGAAAUAAAAGCUGAUUGGCAAAGAGCCGCCUCUUCUCUACUUGUUGCUAUCGGCUCUCAUUUACCAGACCUGAUGAUGGAAGAGUUAUAUCUUCACUUGUCUCCACAGAAUUCAGCUCUGCCAGCUAUGGUCCAAAUACUUGCAGAUUUUGCUACGUCUGAUGCUCUGCAGUUUACCCCAAGACUUAAAGGUGUGCUUUCCCGAGUUCUUCCCAUUCUGGGAAAUGUUAGAGAUCAGCAUCGGCCAAUUUUUGCAAAUGCAUUCAAGUGUUGGUGUCAAGCUUGUUGGCAGUACGGCGUGGAGUUCCCUCUUUCAUCAAUUCUUGAUAGUGAUGUCACGUCAUUUCUAAAUAACGCCUUUGAGCUUUUAUUGCAAAAUUGGGCAACUUCUCGAGAUCUCAAGGUUCGGACAUCUGCUGUUGAAGCUUUGGGUCAAUUGGUCGGUCUUGUUACAAGAACCUUGUUGAAGGUGGCUCUACCAAAAUUUGUUCCAAUUAUAUUAGAAUUGUAUAAAAGGGACCAAAAUAUUGCCUUUUUGGCUACAUGUAGCCUUCACAAUCUAUUGAAUGCCUCUUUACUCUCUGAAAACGGUUCUCCUUUACUUGAUUUUGAGGAUCUCAUGCUUGUUUUGUCGACACUUCUUCCAGUUAUUUGUAGUUAUUCUGACAUCAAAGACCGUAAAGACUUUUCAGUUGGCCUCAAGACAUAUAAUGAAGUCCAACAUUGCUUUCUUACUGUUGGGAUGGUUUAUCCUGAUGAAUUAUUUAUUUUUCUUCUAAAUAAAUCCAAGCUGAAAGAAGACCACAUUACUUUUGGUGCUCUGUGUGUCCUUAAGCAUCUAUUGCCCAGGUUAUCUGAAGCUUGGCAUAAUAAAAGAUCAGCACUCAUAGAAGCCAUUACAUUAUUGUUGGAUGUGCAAAAUUUGGGGGUUUGUAAAGCACUUGCAGAGCUAAUAGUUGUAAUGGCUUCCCACUGCUACUUGGUUGGUUCUUCUGGGGAGCUUUUUGUUGAAUAUCUUGUACAACACUGUGCCAUGUCAGAUCAAGAAAUAGACGACCUUGUGACCUCAAGGGAUUCAUUUAAUCCCACACAGUUUUAUUAUUCAUUUCAGCAGAAGAGAUCAGAGGUAAAAAUUGGGGCCGUUCUUCCAACAGAGUUAAGGGCUAUAUGUGAAAAAGGUCUCCUUUUAAUAACCAUUACUAUUCCUGAAAUGGAGCAUGUUCUUUGGCCAUUUAUGUUGAAGAUGAUUAUACCUCGUUUAUACACUGGUGCAGUUGCCACGGUUUGCAGAUGUAUAUCAGAUAUGUGCAGGAAUAGAUCUCUACAUAAUGAUAAAAUGAUUCGUGAAUGUAGAACUCGUGUUGAUAUUCCACGACCUGAGGAACUCUUUGCACGCCUUGUAGUGCUCCUUCACAAUCCUCUCGCAAGGGAGCAGCUGGCCACUCAAAUUCUGACAGUGCUGUGUUAUCUGGCUUCUUUGUUUCCAAAAAAUAUAAACUUGUUUUGGCAAGAUGAGAUUCCUAAAAUGAAAGCUUAUGUCAGCGACACAGAAGACCUCAAGCAGGAUCAUUGUUAUCAAGAGACAUGGGAUGAUAUGAUAAUCAAUUUUCUUGCUGAAACAUUGGAUGUUGUCCAAGACAGCGACUGGGUAAUAUCUCUAGGAAAUGCAUUUGCAAAACAGUAUGAACUUUAUACAUCCGAUGACGAGCAUUCUGCACUACUUCAUCGAUGUCUUGGUAUCCUUCUUCAAAAAGUGGAUAACAGGACUUACGUUCGUGAUAAGAUUGACUGGAUGUACAAGCAAUCAAAUAUUACUAUACCUGAAAAUCGGCUUGGUUUGGCAAAAGCCAUGGGAUUGGUGGCAGCAUCACACUUGGAUACUGUUCUGGAUAAACUUAAAGAAAUUCUUGACAAUAUCGAGGAAAGUAUUUUCCAGAGAUUCUUAUCUUUUUUUUCAGAUAAAAGUAAGAUAAAAGAUUCUGAUGAUAUUCAUGCUGCAUUGGCUCUGAUGUAUGGAUAUGCCGCAAGAUAUGCUCCAUCUACUGUAAUUGAAGCUCGAAUAGAUGCACUUGUGGGCACUAAUAUGCUAUCCCAUCUUCUAAUCGUACGUCAUCCUAGCGCGAAGCAAGCUGUUAUCACUGCAAUCGACUUGCUUGGGAGAGCUGUAAUUAGUGCUUCUGAAAGUGGUAUAUCAUUCCCAUUGAAAAAAAGAGACCAAUUACUUGACUACAUAUUAACUCUGAUGCGUCGACAAGAUGAAGAAGGUUUUUCUGAUUUGAGUGUUGAACUCUUGCGAACCCAGGCUCUGGCUUUAAGCGCUUGCACUACUUUGGUAUCCGUGGAUCCAAAGUUGACAAAUGAAAUGCGGAACAUUGUGAUGAAGGCUACCCUAGGUUUUUUUGCUUUGCCUAAUGAUCCUGCUGGUGCUGUGGAUCCUCUUGUUGACAAUCUUAUUACUCUUUUGUGUGCAAUUCUUCUCACGAGUGGGGAAGAUGGACGAAGUCGUGCAGAGCAGCUGUUGCAUAUCUUAAAACAGAUUGAUCAGUAUGUUUGCUCUCCCCUAGACUAUCAGAGGAAAAGAGGAUGUCUUGCAGUUCAUGAAAUGCUGCUGAAAUUUCGGACUCUUUGUGUCACUGGUUACUGUGCCCUUGGAUGCCAGGGAAGUUGCAAGCACAUCAAGCAAAUUGAUCGCACCUCCCGCUUCAAUGUUUCAAGUUUGCCACCUGCUUUUCUUUUACCAAGUCGAGACGCCUUAUGCUUGGGAGAUAGAGUCAUAGUGUACCUUCCACGUUGUGCAGAUACUAAUUCUGAAGUUAGAAAAGUUUCUGCCCAGAUUUUAGACCAGUUUUUUGAUAUAUCCCUGUCUCUUCCGAGGCCUGUAACUUCCAAUUAUAGUACACCUAUUGAAGCAUCCUACGCUGCUUUGUCAUCUCUUGAGGAUGUUAUCGCCAUAUUGAGAAGAGACACGUCUAUCGAUCCUUCAGAGGUAUUUAACCGUGUCAUUUCAUCCGUUUGUAUAUUGCUGACCAAAGACGAGCUGGUGGCUACACUAUAUGGGUGUUCUGUAGCUAUAUGUGAUAAGGUUAAGCCGUCAGCAGAAGGUGGUAUACAAGCAGUUAUUGAGUUUGUUACGAAAAGGGGAAAUGAGCUGAACGAGACAGAUAUAUCAAGGACAGCCCAAUCUCUGCUUUCUGCUGCAGUUCAUGUUCCUGAAAAGUAUUUACGAAAUGAAACGCUUGUUGCUAUCUCUUCUCUGGCUGAACAUACCAGUCCAAGGGUUGUUUUCAAUGAAGUAUUGACUGCUGCAGCGAGGGAUAUAGUCACUAAAGAUAUACUUAGAAUGCCAGGUGGUUGGCCAAUGCAGGAUGCAUUUUAUGCUUUUUCGCAGCACAAUGAACUGUCAUCAUUGUUUCUGGAGCAUUUGAUAUCCACCCUGAGUCACACUUCUGUCCAUAAAGGUGAAAUAGGAAAAGGAGACCCUUCUGGGGAUUCUUCUGUGGCUCGCACUGAAAAUGAGAUCUUGCAAGCUGCUAUAGUUGCUCUGACAGCAUUUUUCAGAGGAGGUGGUAAAAUUGGUAAAAGAGCAGUGGAACAAAAUUAUGCAUCGGUUACUGCGAUACUUACUCUUCAUUUAGGAAGCUGUCAUGGUCAAUCUAUUUCUGGGCAGCAUGAACAAUUACGUACACUCCUAAUAGCAUUUCAGGGAUUUUGUGAAUGUGUCGGGGACCUCGAGAUGGGGAAGAUUUUAGCUAGAGACGGAGAGCACAAUGUUGAUGAGAAGUGGAUCAAUCUUAUUGGUGACUUGGCUGGCUGUAUUUCCAUAAAACGACCUAAAGAGGUAUCAGCAAUAUCAGUUAUUUUAAGCAAAUAUUUAAAUCAACCUGUGAGAUUCCAAAGAGAAGCUGCUGCAGCAGCAUUGUCAGAAUUUGUACGCUACAGCAAUGAAGGAUCUGAUUCGGUAUCAGAGGAGAUAGUGGAAGCUUUAUGUCGACAUGUGUCAGAUGAUUCUCCUAUGGUCAGGCGUCUUUGUCUACGAGGACUUGUGCAGAUACCACCUACCAAUAUUAAUAUGUACACAAAAGAAAUUCUUGGUGUAAUAUUGGCCCUACUUGAUGAUUCAGAUGAUUCAGUUCAAUUGACUGCAGUGUUAUGCUUGCUUUCGAUUCUUGAAUUAUCACCAAACGGCGUAGAGCAUGUUUUACUUAAUUUGUCUGUCCGGCUUCGUAAUCUUCAGGUCUCCAUGAGCACAAAGAUGAGAGCAAAUUCUUUUGCGGCCUUUGGGGCACUAAGUCUCUACAGUUCUGGGCCACAACGUGACUCUUUUCUUGAGCAGCGAUUUCAGGUACAUGCUGUCUUGCCACGCUUGGUUCUUCAUCUUCUGGACGAGGAAUAUAGUGUUAGACAAGCUUGUCGGGAUACUCUCAAACAAAUUGCCCCCCUUAUGGAAAUCGAGGAUUUGCUUUCUCUGCUUAACACACAUCGUUUUACAUCUGAUGACAGGAGUGACUAUCAAGAUUUUCUGAGAGAUCUUGCAAGGCAAUUCAUCCAGCAUUUGGCAUCCAGGGUUGAUACAUACAUGGCAUCAAUAAUACAGGCUUUUGAUGCUCCUUGGCCCGCUAUCCAAGCAAAUGCCAUAUAUUUGUCAAGCAGCAUGCUUGCUUUGACUGAUGAUCAGCAUAUUUCAGCUGCUUAUUAUUAUCAGGUUUUCGGAUUGUUGGUGAGCAAAGGAAGCCGGUCUGCAGAUGCAAUUGUGAGAGCAACGUCGUCUUCAGCCUUGGGAAUGUUGUUAAAAUCUACAAAUUUGCUUUCUUGGAGAGCUGAUCGACUUGAUCAUACAGACUCUGGCAGAAGCAGUGUUGAUUCAGAAUCUGGUGGCAGGAGAUAAGAUAACAUGACUGCAAAGACGAUCCACAUUGGAAACACUACAGGCCAACGGAACGAAUUAUGACAUGGCAUGUGAGUAUUGUGAUUUAGCAGGUUAAUUGACCCUUCGAAUAUUGUAAAUUCUAGUUGAUCUGUGUAUAGUUAUACCUUAGAAAAUAGAAACAUUUCUUAGGGUUUCUUAGGGUUCAAAGUUGUAAGUUUGUAUAUUUGUGUGUUAGAAUUUGUACUGUAUUUUGUAUAAUUGAAGUUGCAAAAUGAUUUUCAUGGUAAAUAUAUGCCUAUAUGGUAUGCUGAUACUUCGUUAUGC